AUGGUGCAGCGCGUGGCUGUUAUCGGGGCCGGGGUCGGUGGGUUGGCCUCCAUCAAGUGCUGCCUGGACGAGGGGCUGGAGCCCACCUGCUUUGAGAGGAGCGAGGACAUCGGGGGGCUCUGGCGCUACACGGACUCCAUCGAGAGCGGGAGGGUCAGUGUGUACCGCUCAGUCAUCACCAACACCUCCAAGGAGAUGUCCUGCUUCAGCGACUUCCCCUGCCCAGAGGAUUUUCCCAGUUUCCUACCCCAUGGCCUCCUCCUGGAGUACUACCGGAUGUACGCUCGGCACUUUGACCUCCUGCGGCACAUACGCUUAAAGACAACAGCUCUCAGCGUGAGGAAGCGCCCAGAUUUCGCCACCUCGGGCCAGUGGGAGGUGGUCACCGAGACCAACGGCGUCCACGAGACGCAUGUCUUCGAUGCCGUCAUGGUUUGCACCGGCCAUUACCAGGAGCCCUACUUACCAUUGGCUUCUUUCCCAGGUAUUAAGACCCGCUUCAAAGGCCGGUACCUCCACAGCCGGGAAUAUAGAGACGUGGAGGCUUUCCGGGGAAAGCGGGUCCUCGUGGUUGGCAUCGGCAACACCGGAGGUGACCUCUCCGUGGAGCUGAGCCGUGUGGCUGCAAAGGUGUUCCUCAGCGCCAGGAGCAGCACGUGGGUGUUCAGCCGGGUCUCAGACCAUGGCUUCCCCUUCGACAUGGUCAGCACCACUCGUUUCAACCACUUUCUCGACUGGCUUCUCCCGUCAGCAGUCACAAAGAGGAUCAGGUUUCGGAAGUUCAAUUCGUGGUUUGACCAUGCGAACUACGGCUUGGCUUCCACCAAAAGCUCCAACUUUAAGAUAAUUAUCAACGAAGAGCUGCCAUUUUGCCUCCUCUCUGGGACCGUUGUAUUGAAGCCAAAUGUGAAGGAGUUCACCGAAAACUCUGCUGUGUUUGAAGAUGGGACAACUGAAGAAAACAUUGACAUGGUGCUCUUCGCCACGGGCUACAUCUUCUCAUUUCCCUUUCUCGAAGAGUCGGUUCGCAGCCUCUUCGAUGAUAACCGUUCACUCUAUAAAUGCAUCUUCCCUCCCCAGCUGGAAAAGCCGACACUGGCCAUCAUCGGCUUAGUCCAGCUGACUGGCUCUGUGAUGGUGGGAGCAGAAAUGCAGGCUCGCUGGGUGACAGGGAUCUUUGCAGGCUGGAACAAGCUCCCUCCCAUCAGCAGGAUGAUGGCUGAUGUUUUGAAGAAGAAGCCACCAGUCAAAAGGAAUCCAUCCGAGAGGGAGAACUUGAAGAUAAGUUUUAUCAGCUACACCGACGAAAUUGCUUCAUGUGCUGGCGUAAAGCCCAGCAUGCUGAGGCUGCUCCUGACAGACCCCCGCCUGGCCCUGGCUGUCUUCUUCGGCCCCUGCACGCCCUACCAGUACCGACUGGUGGGACGGGGGAGGUGGAGCGGGGCCAGAGAUGCCAUCCUGACUCAGUGGCAGCGGACACUGAAGCCCUUGAGAACUCGGGUGGUGGAUGACAUCUCCUCUGGCUCCUCCGGUUGGCGCUGGAUGUGCCUCCUGGCCCUGUCGGGGGCUCUCGCAGCAGGUUUCCUCCUUUCUAAAUGCCCCCGGCUGGGCUGGAGCCCCCGGGCAGCCCCCCAGCCGUAG